AUGUUCGGUAUAAGGGUUUUCAAAACAAAUGAGAUUCGUAAUAAGAUUGCUAAUGGGAUUGUUUCAAGAACAAAUGGGAUUUCUACUAAGAUUGCUGUUGUAACUGUUUCAAGAGUAGCCAUAAGUCCUUAUAAGACUACUAAUAGGAUUGCCUCGAGAACAACUAUGAUUCUCAAAAGGACCGCUAAUGGACUUGCCUUGAGAGGAUUUAUGAUUAUGGAUAAGACUGUUAUUGAGAUUGUUCCAAGAACAACUAGGAUUCCUAGUUAG